AUGAUGCGAUCACAAUCAAACAUAGUCUACACACAAAAUCAAUCGAUAAUCGGACAAAGGGGCGGAGCUUCGAUGGUGGUGGUGCAGAAUGGGGGGCAAAGGACAACACAACAGUUACAGCCUCUCCGACAAACGACAUUCGAACGAUUGCCGCCACCAAGUAAUUUGGAGAAGUUUCAGCAGAUGCAGAGAGAGAAUCAGGAGAUGUCACGCCUCCAACAACAGCAUCCUCAUCCUGCAACCGCCCAAUCGGCUGUUCCAUGUAUUCUGAAUCAAUCAGUCCAGCUAUAUCACCACAAUGGACAUUUGACGUCUUCUGAAGAGCCAUCGAUAAAUGGAAAGAGUCAUAACGGGGGAUACGGGGCGAUGUCGAGUCAAUGCAAGGGAUUCAUGGCCCUAUCGGCAGACAACUACAGUACCCCUGUUCUCCAGACUACAAACUACAAAAGCAGCGGAGAUGGUGUGAGCUACAGUAAUCCAGUACCGAACUCUCAAACGACCUACAGUACCCCUGCUAUCCAGACUACAAACUAUAAUUCUGGAAACGCAACCGUUGGCUACAACUACAGUAACCCAGGACCGGUCUACAGUAACCCGUUGCGACAAAUGGGAUCGGAGAGACAGAAUGAGUUGAAAAAUCGGCCAUGGAGAUACCCUGUUGGAUAUAUUCAGCAAAAUCGGCAGAAUCAGCCAAAUCCGCCACAAGUGCUGCUCGUUCGAUCAAAUACGCCACAAUCACCACAAUACCGUCAGAUUCCAUACGGAAAGCAAGUGACAAUGGAGAAUACGCUUAUUCAACCUGUUCAACCACUCGUCCCACGACCAACUCAAAACCAAUCACUCGAGAAGAAUCAGACGCUGCCAGUGAAAAAGUUCAGUAGGAAAGGGGCGCCCCAUUCAUCUCUCCAAUCACUUCAGAAACCAUCUUCAAAGAAACGACCGAAUUUGAUUGAGAUGGCACUGUUGGAUGCUGAAAUUCUGGAAUCAGAUGCCUUCAACCCUGACGAUAUUCAAAUCAUUGAGAAUCCUGUCAAAAAACGAUCGAAAAUCGACAAAAAUCGAUCGAAAAAUGGAAAUAUUCCGGAUUUAAUCAAAAAUAUCGCUGGAUUCGAAAUUCGAGUCAUUCGGGCAAAACAUGAGGCGUGCAGAGUGUUCCCCGACACGGUUUAG